CCACGCGUGGGUCCGGCCCCCGUGCAGCGGGAUGGUGGCUGCAGCCUGAGCCCCCGUGGGGUUAUUGCGCGGAGUUGACCCCCCCCCACACACACCAUGCUGCUGAAGGAGUACAGGAUCUGCAUGCCCCUCACGGUGGAGGAGUACAGAAUUGGACAGCUCUACAUGAUCAGCAAACACAGCCAUGAGCAGAGCGACCGUGGAGAGGGAGUGGAGGUCGUACAGAAUGAACCCUUUGAGGAUCCGGUCCACGGCCCAGGGCAGAUUACUGAGAAACGCGUUUACCUGAACAGCAAACUCCCCAGCUGGGCCCGGGCCGUGGUGCCGAAGAUCUUCUAUGUGACGGAGAAAGCCUGGAACUAUUACCCUUACACCAUCACAGAAUACACAUGCUCCUUUCUGCCAAAAUUUUCUAUCCAUAUAGAGACAAAAUAUGAAGACAACAAGGGGUCGAAUGACAGAAUAUUUGACAACGAGGCCAAAGACCUGGAUCGAGAGGUCUGCUUUAUUGACAUUGCCGGUGACGAGAUCCCCGAGAGAUACUAUAAAGAGUCAGAGGACCCCAAGAACUUUCUAUCAGAGAAGACGGGCCGAGGUCUCCUGAAGGAGGGCUGGAGAGAGACGCAGCAGCCGAUCAUGUGUUCUUACAAGCUGGUGGCUGUCAAGUUUGAGGUGUGGGGUCUCCAGACGCGCGUCGAGCAGUUUGUGCAUAAGGUGGUCAGGGACGUCCUACUGAUCGGGCACCGCCAGGCCUUCGCGUGGGUCGAUGAAUGGUAUGACAUGACAAUGGAUGAGGUUCGAGAGUUCGAAAGGACAACUCAGGAAGCCACCAACAAGAAAAUCGGAAUCUUUCCUCCGGCCAUCUCCAUCACUGACAUCACCCUGCCUUCAUGCGCGCGCACCGGACCCUCCAGCGCUCCGUCUACCCCUCUGACCACCGACGCUCCCGAGUUCCUGUCCGUCCCCAAAGACCGACCCCGAAAGAAGUCUGCCCCAGAAACCCUCACUCUGCCAGACACCCACACAACCGAGUCCGACCCCGACUCGCAAAGCUUUUCGUCCUGUAAUAAGCCAUCUCCCCCAGACCCCGAGUAACCGCGCCAACAACGUACUCCAAGACCCCCUUCUGGUAGGAAACGGGCUCCGAAGAUUUCUCUCCCUUGCUACUCUCCGCUCCUGGCCAGAUGCGACGAUGGACGUUACGGCGGUGCGUUCAGGUCGUCUCUGGCCAGGUUAUCCAUCAUCUCCCGCGUCUUCCGGACCCCCGUUGGACCCCAUAGAAACGUUCUCCUGAUUUUAACCGGCUGGGUAGGACAGGCCGCCAGUGGCAGCAUUUUUAGAAUCCAGUUAAAAUCAGGUUUCGGCAUUUCUGGGAUGAGACGGGAAACCCGCUGAAUUUAAAAUAGGAAAUUCAUCGAUUCUCGGCUUCCGGGACCUACAAACGCUCCCCGCCUC